ACUGUGACAGCCCUGCUCUGAGGGCUGUGUUUAAAAGAGCUUGCUCAGCCUCAUGUACGCUCAGUGGGUUUGCAGACACAUGAGGGACAACGGCUGUGUGGCUGUGGAACAUCUGAUUUACUUCAAAAUAAUCUGAUUACAUGCAGGGGCAGACUAACAUACACACCAGCCUUAACAUCAGAAUGUGUGCGCCCGGGGCCCUGCUGGCCCUCUGCCUGCCCUGCUUUUUGAGUGGGAAUGUGUUUGGUUAUGAAUAUGGAGAGGAUUACUCUGAUUCCUACUAUAAUGAAAUCUCCAAUGGUGAGCGCCUGCAAACAGGAGCAACACAAAUUCCCUGUCCGCCUCAAGACCUUUCACGCUGGGACAAACUUUUUGUCAUGCUGGAGGACUCUCAAAUGAAGCAAGACAUGCUCUUGAAUCAGAAUGAAGACAUGGUUAAGACGGAGAUGGACUCCAUUCGUAAGGAGCUCCAUAAGCUUAACAACAACAAAGUGUGCCUCCAGGCCUCAGAAAACACCUGUAAAUGUAUAAGUGAACAGAUGAACGGCAAUUUGAACCAAGCCAUGGAGCAGCUCAGAGAGGCUGCAGACACUUAUCAAGCCCAAAACAACGAGACGCUGCUGCAGCUCAUUCAGUUCAGCAGGAACCAGGCCACCCGUCUCACCAAACUGGAGAGCAGCUCACUGCUGGGAGCAGGUCUGGGGCAAGUGGCCAUGAAGUCUUUCUCCACUUAUCAAAAGGAACAAGAAGCAAUCAAUGCAGAUGGCGGAAAGCUGGAGAGAGCGCUUAUGGCCACCGUUGCGGAUCUCCAAAGGGUACAUGCCCAGCUGGCCCUUUUCCAACGAACAACAGCACAUCGGUUUCUGCCCUCAGGCUGUGAAAUGGCUUUAUUAUUCCCAAUGCGCUCCAAACACAUCUUCGCAGAAGUAAUACCCUCCAUGUCCAUGUCCGUACAAUCAUUCACCAUCUGUCUGUGGGCCAAAGUGACUCAGACUCUGAAUAAAACAGUGCUUUUCUCUUACGGAACCAAGAAAAACCCUCAAGAGCUCCAGCUUCUUUUGGCAAGACACUCAGUGCUCCUCACGGUAGGCGGUGAGACCCAUCUAGUGGAAGCUCACAACGUAGUAACAGAUGGGCAGUGGGGACACUUCUGUGCAGCUUGGAGCUCAGAGCAAGGGCUGGCCGCUUUGUGGGCGAAUGGAGAGAAUGUUGCCAGAGUGCCUGGAGUAGCAGAAGGGCACGUUUUGCCCAUUAAUGGGUUCAUUCUGCUCGGACAGGAGCGCAGCCGCUCGGGUGUCUACAGAGAUCUGGACUCAUCAGUUGCAUUCACAGGAAAAAUGACAGGGGUGAACAUGUGGGACCAUGUGCUGGACGCAGGGAGGAUUAAAGAGUUCGCCAAUCAAGACGGAUCCUGUGAUAGCCGUGGGAAUGUGAUUGGAUGGGGCGUUUCAGAAAUCAUUCCACAUGGUGGCUCUCAGUAUAUCAACUGACACUGCACCAGUAUACACUGCAAUACAGUCUUGUACAUAAAGUAAUAUUACAUUGUACAUCAUCAAUGAUUUUGUAUUUAACUUCUUCUUCAUUCCAAAUAGAAAGCACUGCUAAAAGGAGUAGUUCUCUCAAAACAGAAAAUGUGGUAUUUACUCAACCUCAGGCCAUCCAAGAUGUAUGGGACUGUCUUUCAUCAGUAGAACAGUAAAGAAGAUUUUUAGUUGAACCCAUGUUUUUUUUUUUUUUACUCUAAAAAUGUAAAAAAUAAAAUAAUAAUUGACCUAUAUUUUACGACUCACCAAGGACCAUGGUUUCAGCUAAAAAUCUUCUGUACUGUUCUUUUGUUCUUUUUGAGUGAACUAUUCCUUUAAAGGGAUAAUCUACACAAAAAUAAAAAUUUCUGCCUCAUUUACUCACCCUUAUGUCAUAAAUGAUUUUCCCCCAUUUGGAACACAAACAUAUAUUUUGAUACAUUUCUCAGUGGGGCACAAUGGAAAAACAGCUGAAACAUUCUAAAAAAUACCUUAAUAAUAAAUAAAAUAUAUAAAAAAAAAAACAUGACACAAAUUUAAUUUUUGGAUGAUUAUCUCUUUAACCUUAAAACACUGUACAACAAAACAAUUAAAAUGGUUUAAUUAAAAUGGUUUUUAAUUUUAGCUUUUAGUACAAUUGCAUUACCAUCAUAAAUUAGUUAAAUGAGUAAAAAUUUAAUAAAUUCUAGUGGUGUGGCUCAGUGAGGAUAAUUCAUAGACUAU